GUUUCCACGAAGUUGGAAAUCGUGACUUUUCAUUUUUAUUUUGUAUUAAAAAUUUGCCGAUCUAAGUAUUUAUUACGAAAAUAUACAGUAAAAUACUAAAAUGCCAAAAGUCCCAGUGAAAGUGAAAUGGGGCAAGGAGAUAUACCCAGACGUCGAAGUGAACACCGACGAUGAGCCGGUUCUGUUCAAAGCGCAAAUCUUCGCGCUGACCGGUGUCCAGCCUGAGAGACAGAAGGUCGUCUGCAAAGGAAUCACACUAAAAGAUGAAUCAUGGGAUAACUUUAAGUUAACAAAAAAUGCCUUGGUCAUGGUGAUGGGCAGCAAAGAGGAGGAUGUGCCAACAGCACCGGUAGAGCAGACACGGUUUGUGGAAGACAUGAAUGAGUCUGAGCUCGCUACUGUGCUCGACCUUCCCGAAGGACUGAUUAAUUUAGGAAACACUUGCUACAUGAACGCCACUGUCCAAUGUUUGAGGACAGUCCCAGAGUUAAGGAAUGCACUGCUUAAUUAUGAUCAAUCGUCCGGCGGCGGCACAGCGGGCGCGUUGACCGGAGCCCUAUCUGCCACGGUGCGCGCGCUAGACGGGGGCGGCGCGGGCGCGUGCGCGGCGGCUGCGGCCCGCUUGUUACACGCGUUACACGCUGCGGCCCCGCGCCUCGCCGAGCGGGUGCAGGGGCAGUUGCAGCAGCAGGACGCGAGCGAGUGCUGGGCCGAGAUCGUGAGGGCGCUGCAGGCGAGGCUGCCCGCUGCACCUGAACACCCCAACAAACCCCUGGUGGAGCAGUAUUUUGGUGGAACUCUGGAGGUGGAGCUGGUGUGCGGAGAGGCGGAUGAGCCCCCCACCAAGACAACAGAGUCAUUCCUGCAGCUGUCUUGCUUCAUCUCGCAGGACGUCAAAUACCUGCAGUCAGGACUUAAAUCUAAAAUGUCGGAGCAGAUAACAAAGAUGUCACAAACAUUGGGAAGGGAUGCGGUUUACACAAAAACGAGUAAGGUCAGUCGUCUACCCGCGUACCUCACAGUACAGUUCGUGCGGUUCUACUACAAGGAGCGGGAGGCGAUCAACGCCAAGAUCCUCAAGGACGUGAAAUUCCCUCUCGACCUCGAUGUGUAUGACCUCUGCUCGUCGGAGCUGCAGGAGCGGCUGGCGCCCAUGAGAGCUAAGUUCAAGGAAUUGGACGACAAAAAAGUGGAGACAUCGUUGACGACGGUUGGCCGCGGUGACACAAACUCCGUCGCGAGGAAGAAAGUUCUGCCAUACUGGUUCGAAGAUGACGUGGGCAGCAACAACAGCGGACUGUACCGGCUGCAGGCGGUCCUCACGCACCGCGGCCGCUCCUCGUCCUCCGGCCACUACGUCGCGUGGGUCGCGCGCGGUAGCGGCUGGCUGCGCUGCGACGACGACGCCGUCACGCCCGUCUCCGCCGACGACGUGCUCAAGCUCAGCGGCGGCGGUGACUGGCACUGCGCAUACCUGCUGCUGUACGGACCCCGGAUCCUGGAGCUGCCUGUGGAGGACGAGCCCAUGGUCACCGACGUCACAGAAGACCCCUCAGGGGAGCCCCCAACCGCGCUAGCGUAGACAACAGAACAGCUGGUCCAAAAUGGCGGCUUUGAGUGUAUCGUACAAUGUUUUGUAAGUUCCUUCCUCUUCUUUAUUAUGGCUGUAUCCAUAGAACUGACGUUUGUAAAAUUUCAGUUCUAUGUAAAGUGAAGUGUCGCGUCGUCGUGUCGCUGCCGCGUAGUGUCGCAUACUGCGGUCUCACCUAAAUGUGUAAACAAUUUAUUUAAUUUGUAGAAAACUGUCAAAAUUGACGUUUCAUAUUUUAUCCAACAUGUGGCCGAUUUAGGACAUCUAAAAUGAUACAACAUAAAACACUCAGAGUGGCCAUUUUAGAUUUGCAGCACCUUGAUUCUACUAUUUUAUGGAACUUGCAGCUUCGUGCGUUAUUCGUAUAUGUAUAUUGUAUAAUUUAGUAGAAUUGAGUUAUAGAAGAAAGAGGCGAGGCUAGGACGCCGUGUGACGUCGCAGUACAAUAAAGCUGAUAUUUAUCGU